AAACGAAUAAAAAUUCUCUAGUAUAAAUCAUAAAUAAGAAAUUUUGAAGCUAAAAACUAAAUUCCGUCAAUAUGGCUGCCCAAUUCAAAAGCCGGACGAAUUCUGAGUUGGGCGUCAAGACAUACAUAAGUGUGAAGAAUUUCCCUAAUGAAAAAAUGCUUGAAGAAAACCCCAAAAGAUUAUCAAAACAAAAACGAGCACCUCGGCAAGUACAUAUAAAAGAAUCCUCAUCACAUAGCUUUAAAAGUGCAGUAUUCGAUGAAGAGAAUAUCUUAUCCACACAAUCCUCAAAUAAGUCGCAGACCAUGAACGAGAUUACCUCCCUAGCGACACCCUACACAAAACCAGUUAAUAUGAAUUCGAAGCUAAUGGAAAUAAACGCUAGAAGAUCGUCCGAAGCAAGUUUCGUUUUAGAAACUUCAACACCAACGAAUGUAUCUUCGUAUAAUGUUUCAUCGCCGGCCUUCCUACUGAAGAGACAGCAAUUCUCUAAAGGUGAAUAUACAAAUGCGAAAUGUGGUCGAUACGCUCGCAUACAUCCGCCAUUGUGUAGCAUUCCAGCAGAGCGUUUAGUAUGCGUCCCGGGCUCUUUAGAGAGUUUGACCGAUUAUUUACAAUCUCCGCAGAUAACGGUAUAUCCGUGAUGAUUUGGAUUAAGCGAAAAAGCAAAUUGCAAUAAUGUUUUGCUGGCUGUUUCAAUAAGUUUAAUCAGAAAGUAUUAAAAAUAACAGUACCUGUAUACAUUCAUAUAUGCACUCCUUAACGGUAGACUAAAUAUUUGUAUGUGGAGAAGUUCUAGCUCGCCAGUUUUACAACGCGAUUCAUAAUGAUACGAGCCAGCUCAAAAAUUAAAAAAUGUUAAAAUCAAAAAUACGUUCGGCUCUGAAUUAUUCUCUGUUUCUACAUUUUAUGGAUUCUAUAACCAACUGUAAAGCUUAACUCUUGUUCUUCAGUGAAAAAACGUUGCACGUUCGUUCUCAAGUUUUGCUAAUGCGUUGUAUUCAAGAUCAUGUCAGCUGUUUAUUUAGCACCAUUUGCACAAGUUUUUUUUUUCACGGAGCACGCCCGUUUCGAUUGAUUAAACCACGUUUUCACAGAACUUUAGUAAGAUACGAGCGUCUAUUUUUUCUUAUAUCACUAGCGGAGAGACUUCAGCAAUCUGAAAUGUGUUUUCGAAAACACAAUUAAUUUCCAUUAUGAACUUUGCUGUCCAGACAUAUCGUGGUACCUUACAUACCUUUGUAAUUUCGAAAAAUAAAAC